AUGGCUUCCCAGACGGAACACAUGCCCGGGAACAGGCACAGCGGCCGCGGCGGAGGCACGUCGAGGGUGGAGCGACUGCUCAGAGAGAGGGAGCUGCGGAAAUUCAACCGGACCUUUCAACUCAACGACGAACUCGGCGACGGGGGUUUCUCAGACUUUGGGAGUGCCAGCGGCGAGUGGGUCAGAGCUGGCGAAGGAGAGUUCCUGGAGGCGGUGGCGGCGGCUGCCGCUCUUGCCGCUGCUGGUGAUGGCCCUGCGGAACAGGAUGCAACAGGUCAACAUAAGCAGCGUCUGCUGGUGGUGGCGAACCGCCUGCCUGUCUCUGCAGUGAGGAGAGCCGAGGAUUCUUGGUCCCUGGAUAUCAGCGCCGGCGGGCUUGUCAGUGCCCUUCUCGGUAAGCGAAACACCCGCCGCUUCCUUUAUGCUCCAUGAAUUCCUCUCUCGCCUUUCUUCACUCGGAGGGACUCCUCGAUAUCGAGCUCUUAUCUGCUUCUUCCAUGUCUCAUCCUCGUGCCUGACUGUAGAUACCCUUGCCUCACAUCCAUCUUCUGGGUAUAUCUAAUCUCGCUUGCCGGCACAAUUCGAAGCGGAUUUCUGAUCUUCCUCAGGGGUCCGCAGGAAGUUUUCUAAGCUGAACAGACGAUUCUUCUUCCUUCAGGUGUCAAGGAGUUUGAAACCAGGUGGAUAGGAUGGGCCGGUGUGAACGUCCCAGAUGAGACCGGGCAGAGGGCACUCGCCAAGGCGCUGGCUGAGAAGGUUCCCUCUUUAUUCCCUGUUUCAAUUUACGAGCUUCAGCCAUGACUCUGGCAGACGAAAGUCGCCUUUUUCAACCAGUUGCUGACGGGAAUGAGCAAUUUUUAUCCCUCGCAGAGGUGCAUUCCGGUGUUUCUGGACGAAGAGAUUGUUCAUCAGUAUUACAACGGCUACUGUAACAACGUCCUGUGGCCGCUGUUUCACUACCUCGGUCUCCCACAAGAGGACCGGCUGGCGACCACCCGGAGCUUUCAAUCCCAGUUCGACGCCUACAAGCGGGCGAACCAGAUGUUUGCCGAUGUGGUGAGCCAGCACUAUGAAGAGGGAGAUGUGGUUUGGUGCCACGAUUACCAUCUUAUGUUCCUCCCAAAGUGCCUCAAAGAUUAUAACCACAAGAUGAAAGUGGGGUGGUUUCUUCACACGCCCUUUCCUUCCUCUGAGAUUUACAGGACGCUCCCAUCACGGUCGGAGUUGCUGAGAUCUGUCCUAGCUGCCGAUGUGGUCGGGUGAGGCAGGAGAUUUCAUGCCAAUUUUUUUUUUCUGAUUUAUUUAUCGUAUCUAAUUAUUGCAAUUGUUGAAUCGUGGGCUCUUCUCUUGUUAAUCUUCCUUGAGUUGCUAAAACCAGAAGGCCCUAUAAGUCUGUAGAAGAUGAGUAUUUGCGCAGUUGGAUAUGCCCUUUCCCUUCCCAUUUCCAGUGAGCAUUGUCUUUUUUGUCUCUAGUGACUCCUAAUCAACGCUUGCUCAAUUGAAGCUGCUGCUGAGGAGUAUUGGCAUUAAAACGUUUGAGCUAUUGAGACUUGUUGCCUUUUCUGUAAUAUGCCUUGAAUAUUCUUUUCUAAUUUUGAGAUGGCUCAAUCAGUGCUUAAAAUUUCUUUCUUAAGACCAUGGAUUUAAUGCUAUGUGCCAUGGUCAUCACCCUAAUUGCUGCUAUACUGAUCAUUGAAACUUUAGUAUUUUCUUCUAUGUGAUCGGGUCUUUCUUUGACCUCUUCACGCUGAAUUUAUUGCAAAUAAAAAAUCAUGAAACCUAAUGACCUUCCGGAAUAUGUGCCUAAGAUACCUCCUGCUGGAACUUAAAAAAUAUCCAGCAAUUAUCGUGCUUAAUGGCGACCCCAUGCUUGAUGGUUUUUGUUUCUUCAGCAUCCAUUCCUUGUGUUACUUGAAACGAAUAUUUGGCUGAUUUGAAAAAUCCUCCUCCAGAUUUCACACUUAUGAUUAUGCAAGACAUUUUGUCAGCGCCUGCACUCGAAUCCUUGGGUUUGAAGGCACGCCUGAAGGGGUGGAGGAUCAAGGAAAGCUGACUCGGGUCGCUGCUGUAAGAUUCGACUUCCUUGUCUUGAAUAUUUAUCUCGAUAUAAUUUUUAUUUUUAUUUUGCAUAUUAAAUUGUGGUAACCUUUUAAGUGAUGAGUGUACAAAAUACCGCUUUUGUUACCCAAUAAAAAAAUGACUAAAAUUGGUGUCACUUCUAUUAGUGUCAUUUUUUCCUUCACGCUUCAAUAAGUAUCCUUCUGCAUGACAUAUUUACGCUACUCAGUUUCUUAGUUUGACGCGUGUAAUGCAACCAGUGGAUGCGGUUUGUAGCUUGACUGUUUACUAUUUUUCAUGAUUCCAGUUUCCCAUUGGUAUUGACUCCGACCGAUUUACAAGAGCACUAGAGCUUCCACAAGUUCAAAAUCAUGUUAGAGAUUUGAGAGAAAGAUUUGCGGGGAGAAAGGUACGAUGACCAAGGGAAUAUUCUUAUUUUGAUUUAUUUUUCUUCUUAACUGUGAUAAUACAGAAAGUCAGACUCGCUUUAUUCCUAUUCUUAAGAAUAUAUUUUCUUAUGCUUUUUGACUUUCACCUUUAGGUAAUGCUGGGUGUGGACCGACUGGACAUGAUUAAAGGCAUACCUCAGAAGAUUCUGGCAUUUGAGAAGUUUCUCGAGGAAAAUCCUUCUUGGCGUGAUAAAGUAGUUCUUUUGCAAAUAGCUGUGCCAACGAGAACAGACGUCCCUGAAUGUGUGUUCUUCCUUAUCUUUCAAAUUUCUUCUUCUCCCCCCUUCACGUAAUUAUUUAGUAGGACAACAACUUAUUCAAUAGAUUAUUACUAUUUUUUCUGUAAGUGCGUGACAAUUCAAAGGAUAUUUUCCCCCUGGAGGCAAUAAUUACACAAUCAACUGAUUGAGGAAGAAAGUGAGCUGAUCAGAGUGACGUGUGUGGCGCAGAAGUUCUGUUCUCAUUGUUUCAGCCUUUAUUUUUCUGUAUUCUAGCCAAAACGUGCUGUGAAGUCAUUAUUUUCGUGGUCAAUUUCUUCUGUUCUGUUCAAGUCCUAGUAUCCAUUUAUUCUCUUUCAUCUCCAUAUUUUCUGUCACUUUUAACAUAUAAGUCUCUCCCUAACUUCUUUAUCACUCACGCCAUUUAUUUUGAGUCCACAUAAACUGUUGUAUCCAUCAAUGAGUUACCUAGAGACCAAUUUUUCUUCUUACUCUAUGAAGCUCCAAUUUUUCAGAAAAUAAUUUCUUAUUUUCGAAAUUCAGUGCCAAAGAACGAUAUUAUGAAAUUAGGUCUCUCGUCUCUCUUUACUUCCAACCUUUUCAUAUGACAGUGAACAUAGGAUGCGAAAGCUGAUGGUUCCGGUUAUUAUUAUUGCUUUAUUAAUGAAAUUCUACAUCAUAUGGGAGGCAUCAUAUUCCUGUGUUUUUUUAUCUAUUAAAUCAUCUCUAUUUUGUUUGACAGAUCAAAAGCUUACCAGCCAAGUUCAUGAAAUCGUUGGGCGUAUUAAUGGUCGCUUUGGGACGCUGACUGCAGUUCCUAUACAUCACUUGGUCUGUAUUCAUUGUCACGCUCUGUUUUGAUUUCCGUCUGGACUGUGCAGAAGAUAUCCCAUGCUAUCUAAUUAAUUUAUUCAGGCUAGAUUUGCAAAUAAUGCUUUCUAAUUCUUUUAAUCUGUGCUAUUUCUUGGCUCUUCCAUCACGACUUUGUAGAGAAAUGCUUGACGUGGUCUGUUUUGAAAAGCAGUGCCUCUUGUUGUCAGGAGGCUAUUCCUCAUAAUACGAAUAUUAUCCUAAAAUAGUGGUACAUAAGUGAACUAUAUAUAUCUUUAUUUAGCACAGCGAUUAUUAUGCCGCGCAGGGGAAAGUUGAACUUCUUUCUUUCUGAUUUCUGUUUUUAUUUUUAUUUUUAUGGAAUAAAAAUAAAGGCAUUACAUUACGCUGUAAUGUUACGAUUUCUGAACAUCCCUGUAAGGGAAAAAUGAGUUAUCUGUGUCUCCAUCUCUUUCCCUUUCCCUUUCCCUUUCUUCUCCUAGAUCGUUUAUCUAUGUUCAGAGAAGGCAGUGCACGCCCACUGAAUUUUCUACAAAAUUUUCACCUAGCCUUGGUGCCGUUUUACAAUCAUAUCAUCCUAGAUGUAGAUUGUCUGCUGUCGUUGAUUUCUUUCUUCUGUUUGCCUCCGAAUCUUGCAGGAUCGGUCUCUUGACUUUCAUGCAUUAUGUGCGCUCUACGCUGUCACUGGUAUUUCCCAUGCAUUUCUCCUGUUGAAUUUAUUUGAUAUAUUUCUUCCAUUGAUUUCCAAUGGGAUGCUUGCAUAACUGGUUGCUAGAUACCAUUUAAUAUACUCCGUAAGAUUGGCUCUGCACAUGAUAGGCGAAACAUAUCUGUCAAUUUGUGAUGAAAGGUAUUUAUUGAAUUCAGGGUGGGACUAGACUAGUUCAUCAUAUAUGACUCAAUCUGUGAGAUGUUUCCGAAAACAGUACUAUUUAUAGAAAGAAAUUCACAGUACUACUUUUGGUCUGCACCAUGGAGACCUAUUCUCAUUAAUUAAUCUCUCAUAAUUUUCAGUUUAUUUCGUCAAUCAUGCUAAAUUUGAGCAGAAAAUUAUACUCCAAUGCACAAAAUUAUAAGAUUUUUUUCUACUACCCAGAUAUUUUUAUUUUUAUUUUUUUGCCAAUAACUUUCUUUGGUUUCCUCCUCGUUAGAUGUGGCUCUGAUAACGUCGUUGAGAGAUGGAAUGAAUCUAGUCAGCUAUGAAUUCGUGGCGUGUCAGGAGCAAAAGAAGGGAGUUCUCAUCCUCAGUGAAGUGAGUACCAACGGAUCUUGUCAUCUGAUUCUGCUCACUUCUCUCUUUUUUUUUCCUCCCAUUUUUGUAUAUUGCAUAUCUUCAUUUAUUUUCCUUUAUUAGCAUGAAUGAGCUUUUCUGGGGAGGAUAAGCUUACUGAGGGCGGCGCCCGUUGACCCAGUUUGCAGGGGCUGCUCAAUCUCUUGGUGCUGGGGCGCUGCUCGUCAAUCCAUGGAACAUUACUGAAGUCGCCAAUUCAAUAGGCUACGCUCUGAACAUGUCCCCAGAUGAGAGAGAAAAGAGGCACAGGCAUAAUUUCGCCCACGUCACCACGCACACUGCCCAGAUCUGGGCCGAAACCUUCGUAAGGUGUGAAAGCUCGGCUGGGUUUUUUUCUCUCUCUCUCUCUCUCUAUAAUUUUUGCUAUUUUUGUAAAAAUCUUCUCUUUUGUAAAAUCUCUAUAAGUUUUAUUUAUUAUUUUUUAAUUGCUUUUAUCAGUGUUAGGAAGUAUAUUUUUUCUUUUUUUCACCUUGUUUUUUUUUGUUUGUGCAGUGAACUGAAUGACACAGUUGUGGAGGCUCAGCUGAGGACCAGACAGGUUCCUCCUUUGCUACCCACAGGAAGAGCUAUAGAACGUUUUCUGCAGUCUAAGAAUCGGUUGCUCAUCCUGGUACCUUCUUCAUGAACUACUUUUGAUGUUGACUUUUUUUCUUUCUAAAAAGGAAAAGGUCCGAACAUCAUCUGAGAGUUCUUUUGCCUUGUUUUGACCUUGCGCAUGUUUUGCUUUGUUUUGACUUUGCUCAGGGUUUCAACUCCACGUUGACCGAGCAAGUGGAGUUUCCAGGGAGAAGAGGCGGCGACCAGAUCAGAGAGAUGGAGCCCAAGUUGCACCCGGAUCUGAAGGAGCCGUUGACCACGCUGUGCAACGACCCGAGGACGACCGUCGUCGUUCUCAGUGGAAGCGACAGAAGCGUCCUCGAUGAUGUACGGACCCUUUCUUCCCUCCUUCCCUCCCCAUUACCAUCAGACCCUCUGUUCUUACUCUCAGAAAUAUUUCUCCUUCUUCUUCUUCAGAACUUUGGAGACUACAACAUGUGGCUGGCGGCGGAGAACGGGAUGUUCCUUCGGCUAACGACGGGAGAGUGGAUGACGACGAUGCCGGAGCACCUGAACAUGGACUGGGUCGACAGCGUGAAGGUAAACCCCCCUUCUCCGCGGUCUCUUCUUCUCUUUCUAGCCGUUGCGGCGACGUCUGUCGUCUGAACCGCCCUUCUCUUUCCUCUCUCUCUCUCUCUCUCUCUCUCUCUCUCUGUCUUCUAGCACGUGUUCGAGUACUUCACUGAGAGAACCCCCCGAUCCCAUUUCGAGCAUCGCGAGACUUCUCUCCUGUGGAACUACAAGUACGCAGGUAAAAAGAAACCCUUUUCUGGGUUAGAAAGUCAACGCCGCGCCGCCAUGAGUUGACUUGUGGGUUAUUACGACUCUCCUCAGAUGUGGAGUUUGGGAGGCUCCAAGCAAGGGACAUGCUGCAGCACCUGUGGACGGGGCCCAUCUCCAACGCCGCCGUUGACGUCGUCCAGGGCGGCCGCUCCGUGGAGGUCCGCUCCGUCGGCGUGACCAAGGUCAACCUUCCUUUUUUUGUGCUCUUUUUCUCUCUUCUCAUGUUCUUGCAGAUCAUUCACCUGUUCUUACCCCAAUCUGUUGUCCACUCAGGGAGCGGCGAUCGAUCGCAUACUGGGGGAGAUUGUCCACGGCAAGAGCAUGGUUACUCCGAUAGAUUAUGUUCUCUGCCUCGGGCACUUCCUCGGCAAGGUGGGUUUUUUAUUGGUGGGUCGAGUUGACUUUUUUCCUUCCUAGUUUUGGGUGGUCGUUGUUUGCCAACGGCGGCGGUGCACAGGACGAGGACAUCUACACGUUCUUCGAGCCGGAGCUGCCCGUGGAGCCCCUCUGCGGCCGGUUGAAGGCGGCGGAGAUGAUGAUCAAGUCCUCGGGCGAGCAGCGGAGGGCGUCUUCAAAGUCUUCCACCGCGAGGAGCAACGGCGGCCUGCGGGCGGCGUCGCACGGCAAGGCGCAGAGGUCGGGAGCAGCGGCGGCGGCACAGCUGCUGCAGGAGGGCAUCGCCUGCCACGAGGGAUCUUCGGUGUUAGAUCUCAACGGGGAGAACUACUUCUCCUGCGCGGUGGGGAGGAAGUGCUCCAGCGCCCGUUACUCGCUUGACUCCGCCGACGACGUGAUCCAGUUUCUCAAGCAGCUUGCCCGGCGGCGGCAAGUGGGUUCUAGCUGA